AUGAAGAGACUUCUAAUAGUUUGUGUCACAUUUUCAACUAUAUUCGGAUUAAAAAUCUUUGGAAAUGAAAAUCAUAAAUGGGGCCACAUAAAGGUUAGAGAGCAUGCCAACCUAUUUUAUUGGUUGUAUUACACAACUGCAGAAGUAAAUAGAGUCAGUGAAAAACCAUUAAUAAUCUGGCUCCAAGGUGGUCCAGGGGCCUCUUCUUCAGGCUUUGGAAAUUUUGCUGAAAUAGGUCCUCUGGAUUUUGAUUUAAACCCUAGAAACACAACAUGGGUUAAGGAUGUGAAUGUGCUUUUCGUUGAUAACCCAGUUGGAACAGGUUUUAGUUACGUUGAAAAUAAAAAUGCUUUUGCAAAGACUAACAGACAAAUUGCUGAAGACUUCGUUGUGUUUUUGAAAGCAUUUUAUGGAGAGAAUCCCGAGUUUAGCACCACACCGUUGUACAUUUUUAGCGAAUCCUACGGAGGUAAAAUGACUGUAGAGAUAGCACUUCUCCUACACAAGACAAUAACUCAGAACGAUAUUCAAUGCAACUUUAAAGGGAUUGGAUUGGGAAGUCCUUGGAUAUCACCCACUGAUUCUGUUACUAGCUGGGCUCCGUACUUGCUACAAAUUGGAGCUAUAGAUCAAAUUGGCUUCAACCGCAUUCAAAUAAUGGCAAAUAAGACAAAAACUGCCGCUGAGACUAAAAAUUUCAUUGAAGCCACCCAUAAAUGGGGUGAAACAGAAAGGAUUAUUGCAGAAGUCACCUCAGGAAUUGAUUUUUAUAACGUGCUCACCAAAGUCACACAUUUUUUAAAAGAUCACAGUUUUGAAGGCAUAAUUUUUAAACCCCAGUCGAAAUUAAUAUCUGAAAUUGAUGAUAAAAUACAACAACUUAUGCUUUCUAAUGUUAGCAAGGAUCUAAAUAUAACAAAUGAAUGGGGUCUUCAGAGCAACGAUGUUUUUUCUGAAUUAUUUGAAGACUUUAUGAAACCCGCUACCUCUGUUGUGGAAGAGUUAUUAAAUAAGACAGAUAUUAAAGUGGCUGUUUUUAAUGGGCAGUUAGAUCUAAUAGUUAAUACACCAGGAACGAUAAAAUGGGUUGAUGCUUUGCACUGGACAGGUUCUAAAAAAUGGAAAACUGCAGAACGUAGAAGCUUUUCUGUGGAUGGUAUAUAUGAAGGUUAUGUCAAGAAGGAAGGUAAUUUGGCGUUUUACUGGAUAAAUAGAGCGGGGCACAUGGUUCCCGUUGAUAACCCAGCAGCAAUGGAUUACAUUAUAAAAGAUAUCACAAAUGAUUUUGAAGUACUUUUAUGA